ACACACACAAGGAAACAACAACUGAAAGCUGAUAUCCGUGUAUUUUGGGUUUCAUCAGAAAGAUCAGAAACAUUCUUCAUGUGCCUGUUUUCAGAUGGCAGAACCAGUCAAACUAUAGUCCAUGUACGGUAGUUUACCGCAUUACUCACAGUGUCAUUUCAUCAAACGCUAUGGCACACGCUGCGCUACUGCUGCUGAUCAGCUUGACCAUUUCUGUGGGUCGAGCCGUCCAUUUCUAUGGGGGAUCGAUUACCUUCAUGCCUGGAAACAUUUACCCAGGUGGAGCAGUGGAGAUGCACUUUUACUACAGAGAGUCUGGUAAACUGCCCUGUGAUCCUCAAGUCGCAUGGACCUGUGAUAGUGGCGACUGUGGCCUUCUCACAUUCUCAGAGGCUGAGGUGACGGAUCAGGACCAUUCGGGUCAGAUCCUCUGGUGCCAGUAUGAGCGUCACAUGACCACCAAUGUCACUGGUGACGAGCCCUUCUUUCUGAGUGACUCUGGUUGCUGCUGGGAAAAUAAUGUUCGUGAUGUCCGUGAAUUUACGCUUCAUAGCCUCGUUGACACAAGACUACGUUCAGACACUAAGACUGCAAACAGGUCCCCUGUUUCUGCAACAAUACCAAACAUAAGGGUUCCUCAGAACUGUUUUCAGCGUCUUCACCUGCUGGCCCAUGACCCAGAUGGAGAUCAUGUGAGAUGCAUGUGCCCAUCUUGCAAUCAACACCCAAACAUAAAUCUUGAUGAGGACUCGUGCACUCUGAGCAGUAAUGGUACAGUGGACUUGGGACUUCAUGUUUUUGAGUUCACAUUGGAGGACUAUCCUGUAUCAAAGGUCACUUUGACAAAACAGAAUGGGAUCUCGUCUGCCAGAAAUCCUUAUAAUCAGACCGCCAACACUGACUCAACUCCUCUCAGUCAAGUGCCUCUGCAGUUUGGAGUUGAAAUCCUUACACCAGUCCACAGUUGUGUACCAGGGGUGAACAGGCCAAGUUUACUGACACCAACUCCCUUACAUGGAGAUGUACAACAUGCAGCUGUGGGACGUGAUCACAUUAUCACCCUCCGUGCCCAGAGCUUGGGCAACAGUAUCUUAGACUUCCAGGUCAGUGGUCCAUGGAACAUGUCAAAGAGCUUGAGGAAUGCAAGUCAAGGGGUUACAGAGGCAAUGCUCACAUGGACACCACAGGAAUCUGACCUGCAUCAUCAUGUACCCGUGUGUUUCACUGCAGACACACUUCAGAGUCAGUCAGAGAUGAGGUGCAUUGUGAUCAUUGUGGCAAAAUCGAGGGUUCUCUCAGGUGAAGCGGAGGUCUUCUGUGAAGAAAACAGUAUCAGCAUUGCAAUAAGCAAAGCCUCCAUGAAGGGGAUUGAUCAAAACUGGCUCCAACUGAGAGACCCUACCUGCUCUCUUACUUCCAAUGACACCCAUAUCCUGGGCAUGGUGUCCCUCAACACCUGUGGUACCACGAUGGAGGACUCCGGAGACUUCAUGGUCUUCAAAAACGAGAUCAAUUCUUUUGAGAACCCCAUUGAAGUAAUCACCAGACGCAAUCAAGUUAAAAUCGGCUUCUCCUGCCAGUACCCCAAAGUAGCCAGUGUUUCAAACCACUACAUCAACAAGAAGACAGACUUCAUCUUUACUGAAUCCAGCUUUGGCACUUUUAGUUACACAUUUGACAUUUUUACUAACAAUAACUUUAGCAGUCCAGUGGGUCCCAGUCUGUAUCCGCUGGAGAUAAAUUUAAAUGAUAUGCUCUACAUGGGCAUAGCAGCCCAUUCUGCUCUCCCUGAGGUCCAGCUCUUUGUGGAGUCUUGCAGGGCCACUCCAGAUGCCAACCCAUACAGUGCCCUCUCUUAUGACAUCAUCAAAGAUGGGUGUAUUUUGGAUGGCACAGUUGAGGUUUAUCAUAGUGAUGCAAGAACGUAUGACUUUGGGAUCCGAGCUUUCAAGUUCACAGGAGGCUACAAUGAGGUGUACAUUACCUGCUCAGUAAUUCUGUGUGCGGAAGGAAGUUCAAACUCUAGAUGCGCCCAAGGUUGCCUCAGAGAACCCGCACGCAAACGCAGACGAGAUGUGAGCAAAGAAACCGAUAGGCAUCACAUAAUGCAGGGUCCCUUCCGUGUGGCUAGACAAACUCAGCAUUCUGCAGAAGCAUCAGAAAAUGGUGGUUCUCUUCAUAUCAAUGCAGGCACCGCAGUCUUCUUGGGACUCUUUAUAGUCUCAAUUGUGGUGCUGGUGGGAUUCUGGGUGUACACCAUCAAAAAGACAAGAGUAACUGACCGCAUGUAUCUAAUGUCCAGCUUCUGAAGAACAUUUAAACAUUACAUUCUGUUUAUGAAUCCUCUCUCUUCGUGUUAAUUGAAAAUAUCAUUUAAAUAUGUUAAAAUCUGCAUUACUUUAUGUCAGACAUUGUAUGCCACUAACAUUUGCACACACAUGAAAGGGAUGAAAGGGAAAUUAUUCAUAUUUUGAUACUGUGUGUUUCAUAUUCUGUCUAAAGGUCAAGACUUGUACAAGUACUUUACACUUGUAACACAAGUAAAUGUCUAGUUUAAAACAAUAAAUAGCAAAUCAGCAACAUACUUGGCUUUGCCUAGUGCUUUACUAUUUUUUACCAUUUUCUUCUUUUUUAAACACUUUUUAUGGAUCAUAGGACCUAAUAUGUAAAUGUAGGACUAUUACAAACAGCUGUUCCCUUGAUGGAAAUUGUACUGUAUAAGAAAGCAAAAGUGUUUUUAAGGCAUAUGAAGAAUAAAGUCAAUUUGACUCACUUUUUUUGUUAGAAGUA